GCGCAUGCGCCUCGCCGCCGGAGGCGGUCACGUGUGCUGUGCUGCGCGGCGGGAAGGGCCGGGGAAUGCUGCGGCCGCUGGAGAAGCUCCCGCCGGGACGGGCGCUGGAGUUCCUUCAUAAAAUAGUUGAUGGUAUCUGUGGUCGUGCAUAUCCUCGAUACCAGGAUUAUGGCAGUAUUUGGAGCUUGUCGGAGUGGAUGGAGGUUUUAGAAGAAACAAUGACGUAUUUCAAAACUGCAGUUGGUGAAAACAUAUCUGAUGAAGAGGCUGCUCAGCAGAUAAAUGAGUUAAAUCCAAACUACCAAAAAGCAAUCACAAGAUGUCUAAAUGGCAGAAAGGAAGAAAUCAGGAAUGCGCUAGUGGAAAGAGUAAAUGCAAUCUCUUCUGCCCAGCUGCAGGAUUUUGACUGGCAGUUAAAGCUUGCUCUCUCCAGUGAUAAGAUCUCCAUGCUGCAAAUGCCACUUCUCAAUCUUGAUCUGGACGUGAGAGAAAAUGGUGGAAUGAAACAGAUUUCUAUAGAGAUGAAUAAGGAAGAGUUGCAGAACCUAAUAAAUGCACUGGAAGCCGCUAAUAAGGUUGUCUUGCAACUGAAAUGAUGGAGUUCAGAUCAUCAACAGUAUCUGCUGGCGAUGGCUCCCCAGUUGACCUAGGGUGGGGCUGGAGCAGAAAAGAGAUUCUGCAAAGCCAAAAGUUUUCAAAGCUAUAAAUUACUGAAGUCAGAAGGCUGCUAUGAUUUGUGACCAAAUGAACUACUAAUCCUUUGAUGAAAGUAAUAAAAUCUUGUAUCUGUUUGACCAAAAACAUAAAAAUCCAAUGUACAGUUGCUUUUAGUACUAAAGAUGCAUAGAACUAUAGAAAAGUAUCACUUACGACAUGUGCCAUAUUUGUUUUGGUUAUACUUCAUCAUUGACUUCACAGGUGCCUAGUAAAAUUAAGGCAUCUUACUUGCUUAAUAUGUAAUCCUUAUGUAAGGUGCCAUGAUAAUGAAGAACAUGACAGAGUACUUGUAGCAUUAAUGUAUUUAUACUUGUAAAUAGUAAAUAAACACUUGAUUUUGUGGGUGAAUAAUUGUGGUAA